UGGUUGCAUUGCAAAUAGUCUUUAGUGCGAGGACUGGUUUAUAAACAAAAUAAGAGGACCGGGAGCUGUUGUUUGACUGUGAGGUAACCAUGGCAAGUGACUCUCCACGACGUCCAAGUAGAAGUACUGGGGUAAUAGUAGUCCGGCCACAAGCUGUAACGGAGCAGUCUUACAUGGAGAGUGUUGUCACAUUUCUUCAAGAUGUUGUUCCGCAGGCUUAUACUGGUGCCCCACCAACAGAGGAGAAGGAAAAGAUUGUCUGGGUCAGAUUUGAAAAAGCCGACCUGAAUGAUGUGUCGAGGAAUCCAGAGUUUCUUGAAAUGCAGAGUACUGGAAAUGAUCCCCCUCUACUGUUGAUGAUUGGCUAUACUGACGGGAUGCAGAUUUGGAGCAUACCUAUAAGUGGUGAGGCCCAGGAGCUGUUUUCUGUCCGCCAUGGCCCAGUUAGAACAGCAAGGCUGUUGCCAUCUCCUCAGAUAAGUCCCUCAAAAAUUGAUAGUUUCCCUGAUAAGAGACCACUGCUUUGUGUCUGCAAGAGUACAGGAUCAUCCAGUACUAGCACUCCUUACUGCUGUGUGGAAUUGUACUCCAUACGAACAGGAGAAAUGGUAAAAUCCAUUCAGUUUAAAACAUCAAUCUAUGACUUGCACUGUAAUGAACGGAUCCUUGUUGUGGUUCUACAAGAAAAGAUAGCCGCAUUUGACAGCUGCACUUUCACCAAAAAAUUCUUUGUCACAAGUUGCUACCCUUGUCCUGGACCAAAUAUGAAUCCUAUUGCACUUGGAAGUAUUUGGCUUGCCUAUGCUGAGAAUAAGCUAAUCCGGUGCCAUCAGUCUCGUGGUGGGGCUUGUGGAGACAAUGCCCAGUCAUAUACUGCAUCUGUCAUUAGUGCAGCAAAAACUCUGAAAACUGGAUUGACCAUGGUAGGGAAGGUAGUUACUCAGCUUGCUGGGACUCUGCCUUCUGGAACUGCUGAAGAUGAAAUGUCAGCACAUAGCUCUACUCGCCGCAGUCCACUCAUUCCUGGAAUUGUCACAAUCAUUGAUAUAGAGACAGUUGCAGAAGGACAGGUUACAGUCAGUGAAGACUCUGAUGGUGAUGGCAUUGUAGCACAUUUCCCUGCUCAUGAGAAACCCAUUGCUUGUAUGGCUUUCAACCCAAGUGGUAUGUUGCUGGUUACAACAGAUACUUUAGGCCACGAUUUUCAUGUUUUCCAAAUUCUGACUCACCCUUGGUCCUCAUCACAGAGCGCUGUGCACCAUUUGUAUACCUUGCAUAGAGGAGAGACUGAAGCCAAGGUUCAGGAUAUCUGCUUCAGCCAUGAUUCACGCUGGGUUGUGGUCAGUACUCUACGUGGAACUUCCCAUGUCUUUCCCAUUAAUCCUUAUGGAGGGCAGCCUUGUGUCCGAACACACAUGUCUCCAUGUGUUGUAAACCGCAUGAGUAGGUUUCAGAAAAGUGCUGGACUGGAGGAAAUUGAACAAGAGCUGACUUCUAAACAAGUUGGUGGUCGUUGCAGUCCUGUCCCUGGUCUUUCAAGCAGUCCUUCUGGAUCCCCUCUUCAUGCCAAAUUAAAUAGCCAGGAGAUGUAUAGUAAUUUUACAAACAACAACAUGGGAAAUCCACGGCUUUCACCACUACCAAGCUUGACAGUGAUUCUGCCUUUAGCACAAAUCAAACAACCCAUGACUCUGGGCACCAUCACCAAACGCACUGGCAAAGCGAAACCAGCUCCACAAAUUUCACCCAGCAAGUCAGCAGGAGGUGAAUUCUGUAUUGCUGCUACAUUCGCCUCAUCACGAUCCUGGUAUACACUGAACCCUGGUCUAAAGAGAGAAAAAGAUCAAUCAAAGCAAUCUGUAGUGGACUCCCUUUAUAUCAUUAGUUGCUAUGGUAACCUGGUGGAGCACGUCUUGGAACCACGACCUAUCAGCACAGCCCAGAAGAUCAGUGACGACACUCCUUUAGAGAUGGUGACCUCUCCCCGAGCUAGCUGGACAUUGAUCAGAACUCCUCAAUGGAAUGAACUUCAGCCACCAAUCAACUCCAACCAUCCACUGCUUCUAGCUUCAGAUACAGUUCAAUAUUAUCAGUUCCUGCUUGCUGGCUUGAAUCCCCCUGGAAGCCCAGGGCCAAUAACUCGACAUGAGUCAUAUGACAGUUUGGCAUCAGAUCACAGUGGCCAGGAGGAUGAAGAAUGGCUUUCACAGGUCGAGAUAGUAACUCAUACUGGGCCUCACAGACGCUUGUGGAUGGGACCACAGUUUCAAUUCAAAACUAUCCAUCCUUCAGGCCAGACCACAGUAAUAUCUUCCAGUUCUUCUGUACUGCAGUCUCAUGGCCCAAGUGACACUCCGCAACCUCUCAUGGAUUUUGAUACUGAUGACCUUGAUCUCAACAGUCUCAGAAUUCAGCCAGUACGAUCGGAUCCUGUGAGCAUGCCUGGCUCAUCCUCGCGAGCAUUGUCUGAUCGCCGAGGGGUUUCGAUGGUGAUUGAUGCAAACUCAGGUAGGAAUAAAAUCAGUAUUAUUUCCUUUUCAGUAACUGCCAAUCACUAAAUCAUCAUUGAUUAUCAGGUGCUGCAGGUUGAUAUAAUAUUGCAUGUCAUGUUACAGCAGAACCACCUAAAGGAAAGAAGUAAUAAUUUUGACUAGUGCUGCUGUUUGAUUGUGUGAUGCUGUACUGUCUGUGUUGGACUGCUGGUUGUAAUGGAUAAAUUGAUCAAUAGUGUAGAAUCUGUAAUGAAAGUUUAGUGACUUUUUACUGUUUGUACUGGGAAGGGGUACUUUGACCACACUGUUUGUUACAGGGAGGAAGACAAAUUUUACAGUGCUAAUAAUAUUGUAAUGUGAGUUUCUGUUGUGGUAUCAUUUAUUUAGUUUAAAUAACAUUAUAAAGUAGAAUGUAGUCAUCCACAGAUGUUAUUAUAAUUGAAGACACAAAUGAAGUAGAUAUCUGAGUACAUGUAGACCCACUCUCUGAUAAUGAAUAUGAUCCCAUUUAAUGUUAAAAGUGUUCUACUUAAAAAAAAAAAAAAAAAAGUUUCUCUCUUCACUUCUGCCUUUCUGCGCCGGUGCACGUAAAGUGGUACUGACAGCAGUGCUUCAUGUUAACUUCUGUACAGCUGCAGAACAUCUGAAGAGUUGCACAGCAGGACUUCGUCAAUUAAAAUCUCUCACAAGUAGAAUUACUAAACAUACAACGUUAGUCAAGAGCCCCGAGGGAAUUUAUAAUCUAGAGUGAUUUGAAAAUCCCAGGGCAGGCUGCUGAUUGGAUCAGGUUUUUAAGUUUAAAAGGAAACUGUAACAAGUACAGAUUUUUCUUUUUUUUUAAUAAAGAUGUAACAAGAGUUAAGUGCCUUUCCUGACAGAGCUAUUUCCUCAGUAGCAUGUAACUUAAUAUUUGUUUAACAAGAGGAUUUUACUUAAAAAUAUAUUGUCAGGUAAGAACCUCUUGAAAGGUUUGUCUUGCUGCC